GGAAAAAGGGGAAAAAAAGGAAAGGAGGAGGGCCCAUUGUCUGCCUGGAGCCAGAGCUGGGUGGGUUGGCACUGGGGAGAGCAGUGCUGAGCUGGGGAAGAGGGAUGCUGGCCAAAGUGGCCUGCUAGCCCCAGGCUGGCCAGCUGUGGACCUGUGCCAGGCUGGAGUUGGACAGCAGGUGGAGAGGCUGCUGGCAGGAGCUGGAAGGGGGAUAAGAAAGCUCCCAGUUCAGUUCAGAGUGCAGCCAGGGGGGUGAUUAUCUCAAAUGCUGUCCCCAAACAACACCUAGGCCCAGGCACUGAGGGUGGCACAGCAGGGGACACCUCCCCCUUUCCCCUUUCCCUCUUCCAGCCCAGUGCUGCCCGCUGCCUUUCAGAGCCCGUUGGCAGCCGCCUUGGCGGUUUCGAGCUGGAGCCUGUCCGAGGGCCUGGGCGAAGGGCCAGAGAUUGGAUCUAGUAACCAGAGAGGUGGCUGGUGGAUAAGACGGAGGGCUGCUCACUCUGGCUGAAGAUGUUUCCCCAGAACAGGCCGCCUUUGACCCACCUUCAGGCCCCGCCAGUGGCCUCCGCUGCUGCUGUGCUUGUGACCACCAAUGCUUCUGCCACAACCCCCCAGACCCUCAAACUCACCUACCCAGAAACCUUGGAUCGGAUCAAAGAAGAAUUCCAGUUCCUUCAGAGCCAAUACCACAGCUUGAAGGUGGAAUGUGAGAAGCUGGCAUCGGAGAAGACUGAGAUUCACCGGCACUAUGUCAUGUACUAUGAGAUGUCUUAUGGCCUCAACAUCGAAAUGCACAAGCAGGCAGCAGUAUUUACGGAGAUCCGAUCCCAGGUGCUGCUGGCUGCCUGCCAGGGCCCUGUCUGUGCUUUCACUGGGGCCUGA